AUGAUGAGAGGCAUUAUUGGUGGAAGAAGUGAGAGGGGCGAUAUUAGAGGAAGAGGUGAAAGAGACAAAUAUAGGAAAAAGAGGCUCCCAUGCAGGGGAACUAAUCAAUGGGAUGAAGAAAUGAAUGCACAACAAAAGAUAGCUAGCAAACGAAACCAAAUGAGAAUGAACAAUACUGAUCAAUGUAUUAAGCCUAAAUAUGUCCAAAUAGGAGAUAGAGUCGUGAAAGUUAACUUUAGCAGUGAUAAAAAACGAAGAAAAGAAUUCGAGAAAAAAAAGAAAAUGAACAUACUGAUUUAUCAAAAAAAAAAGAAAAGAAAAGAAUUUGAGAAAAAAAAAAAAAUAGUCAACGAUUUGAAUAAAAUUAUACAAGCAGAACGAGAUAAAGGGAACUUGUACUUUUUACCCAAGAAAUUUAAACGGAAAAAAAAAUCAAAACAAAAAAGAUUUAUACUUCUCGAGAAGAAAAUAAGACAUGGUAUAUACAACGAUAUUCUGAAAGAAAUUCAAAAUGGUAAUAUGGAAAUGGAGAAAAGGACACUUGUGGACAAGACGAAAUCUUUGGAAAAUUAUGAAAAAGAUACUUGCAUUGAAUUUAUUACGUGCAAAAAAAAGUGGAUGGUUAAAAGUAAAACUAGUGCCUAUUACCUUAAUAAGAGAGUAAAUUUGCGAAUCGAGUGGGGAAUCGAACAUGGAAAAACAAAACGACACACAGCUGAUAAACAUCAUUUCGAAGGAAUGCCAAUUCGUGUAACAAAUGAUGAAUCGUUUACGCUGGAAGUAGCAAGUUUAAAAAAAAUUAUUUUCAUGAGGUCGGGGAAGUCCCCAAUGGGGCAAGGAUUAAUAGGGGGAAAAAAGAGGCAGCAGAAGAAGCUGCUAAACAGUCAACACACCAGUGAGCUUACAAAACAAAAUGCUGAAAAAUCGAAGGAACUCCUCAAGACGUUAGUCCCACAGAAUGAUGGAAUGGGAAGGGCACGUAGUAGGACACGAUACUGUAGUGUAAAUGGUUUGAAUCUGGAGAUGAAAGUUGAAGUAGACAAGGAAAAAACAAGCACAGUAGACGUAAAAAAGGACAACCACAUUAUAAACAUUGCAGACGAAGAGAAAAACAGUGCAAUGUUGAACAAACGCGUGCUGGAUAACCACACGGGGUAUGCUCCUAGUGCUAAACAAAUAAAAGAGUGUAUCCUGAAAAACGAGAAAAUUAUAAAUUAUAUACAUGUUAGCAGAGUGCAAAAAAAAAUUUACAUUAACGAAUAUGUUGAUCAUAAAAUAACAGCCGAAUUAAACGAAUUGGUUAAAGAAUUCUUACAUAAAAUUUCGAAAUCGCAUGAGAAGUUGUACUUAAUGAAAAAAAAAAAGAGAUAUAUCUUGGGACUGAAAGAGAGCUACAAACAUAUAUGUAACAACGAACCAAAGUUAGUUAUUCUUGCGCCUAACAUUGAACCAAUGACGAACAAUGCAUUUGAUGAUCAGGUGAAUAAAAUCAUCUGCAAAUGCAAAGAGAAGAACGUGCCUUUAGUUUUUGCCUUAAGUAAGAAUUUACUUGGAAAGUGCAUAAACAAAUCUAGACAGUCAAUUAUAAGCGUUGUUGAUAACGAUUCGUACAUAAAAGAAUGCAAUGCAAUUGUGAAUUUAGCCAAGUCGCUCAAAUUACUUCAAUAA